AUGGCCACAGACUUGCACACCCCGAUUAGCAUGAUGGCCCAGCCGUCCCCGGCUUCGUCGACCUCCCGGGCUGCCUCGAAGGCAAGAUCCCGAUCCCGAUCAAGACCCAGACCGUCGCGCCGUCGGCGAGAUUCGUCCCCCGCGCCAUCCUCCUCACCACCCGGUCUACCGACACCUGCCUUUUCGCCCGACGGUCAUACCGAUGGUCCAACGGAUGGCGAAGAUGAUAUUGUCGAAGACACCCUCUCUCCGUUUGAUCCCCGCCGAAUCACGCCCACUCUCCAUGCAUCACUGGUAUCUGAGAUUCUGAAUCUUCGGCGCGAGGUGGAAAGCAAGACCAAGGCCAUUGAUUCAUUAGAAUUGAGCUUGGAUGAGUCCAAAACAGAAAAUGAGUCGCUGAGCACGAGCCUGUCCCAGGCCACGCGGGAAGCGCGAUCCCUGAAACAUCAGAUUCAGCUACUGGAAGGCGGAACGUCAUCUGCGAUGACCGAAUUGGCUCGUGAACGGGAUGAAGCUGUCGAGAACAUCAGCGAUGUGCGAAAGAAACUCGAGCAAACACAAAAGCGAGCCCGUAGCCGAGAAGAUGAGGCUGAGCGAACGCAGAUGCUAUGGGAUCGCGACCGCGAAGCCUGGGAAAAUGAAAGGCGGAAUUUGGAACGAAAAGUUCAUGUGGUAGAAGGCCGUUUAAAAACGGUUCUUAGCGAGGUGGCGGCGGCCCAGGAAGCUGGAACAUUGACUUCACAGCACAGUGAAAACGAUGAAAACGCCAAGGACAAGACCAAAGGCAGCGAUACAGCUAGCGUGGCUUCUAGCAGCCAGGGUCGGCGCCGUACAAGCAUGACGAGCGUGACGACCGAAGAAGGCGAAAACGAUGCCAACUAUCAUAAUGUUCGGUACUCGGUCAUGAGCAUGGCUGCUGGUAAAGCCGACUCGGGUUUAAAUUUAGCUGAGGAAUUAGCAUUUGAUGAGGAGGAUGAGUUCGUAUCUGACGAGGAUGAGACGCCCGCAUCACCAGAAGCCCUUCCCGAGGAAAGGCCCAUGUCUGUGAAUUCCAUGGCCUCGCACUCGGUUGCAUCGAAGGCACGGAAGAUUCUGGGCCUCUCGCUUCAGAGUACCGGGUCGAUAGCGGCAGAUUACCGUGCCUUAGACAUGAACAAUACCGCAAAAGCGCUACAGGCCUCGUCUGUUGGAUAUCAAGAUGCUGGCAUUCAGUAUUCACCUCCCCCGUCGCCUGAAACUAAGGCUGUUGCAGAAGGGGUGGUUCCUGCAAUUGAAAUCACACCCACGGGUCCUGAAAUGGAAGAUGACGCCGACGAUGAAAUGGAAGCGCCCCGGAUGAGAGACACCUCUACGCUAACCAUCGCAGUCGAGAUGGUCUCUAGCGCUAGUCAGACCAUCGGCAGCCUUCCUAGCCCUCCAUGGACACCUAAAGUGCCCGAUACGCCCGUUCUUUCUGCUGAGCCAAUCUCAGAGCCCGUGCAGAUGACCUCGGCAUCUACACAAACCGACCCUAUCCCCGAAGUCGAGUCAGCAGUGGCUGCGAAGUCAACCUUAUCACCCAAUGAUAUCCAAGGCCAGAUCGAAGUUCCUAUGAUUGCCAUCCAUCCCCCUGCUUCGGAGCCCCCCUCUCCUCGAAACAGCGUUGUUCUUCCUCCGCAGACGAAGAAUGUCUCAAUACAGACCAAUUUCAGGUCAUUUGUCGAGGGCCGGUCCAUCGCCAUCCAGACUGAAGAGAUUCGCAUCGAUCAGCGCCCCGUGAAGCUCCCUGCAAGCCUCUUGCCUUCCGCCAUUCCAGAUCUGCCAACUCGGUCCGAAAUUCUGGAUGCUGGGGCUCAACCUUACCGUGCACCCGUGCCUCCUCCCCGGUCUGCAAAGAGAGAGCAGCGGUCGUUUACAAACGAGCGCCCUGUCAAACCCCCGCGUGCGCAAGCAUCGGAACCUGUGCAAGCUUAUCCUGGGAAUAACGACAACGGGCCUCUCUCAGACGAUUUAGUGUCCGGGCUGCGACGACCUUUCCGGUCUAGCAGUCUAUUCGCCGGCUUUGAACAGCUGAGUGAUGACGAUGGUCCUGAUGCAGAGGAACGCGAUGUCUUUACGGAUGACGAACUUCUGAAUCGCCCAUUUGCUUCCUACACCCUCCGCCGUGGCAAGCUGGUCAAUGCUAAGUCAUCACGGCCCAGCUUAGAUGAUAUAGGUCUACCCGAGAUUGACGAACACCUUUCUGAUCCCGAAUCUCGACCGUCAGAUGUGGGUCGUGCUUCUUCCCGCACGACCCAGAGGUCUGGCACAACUGCCUCAAGUAGCCGCCAGACUGGUAUGCGGAAGAUGGCCAUGAUUUCCAGUGGUACAGCGGCACACCAGAGGACUCGCGCCCGUAGCCCUAGUGAGCCGAGCCUUGAUGGCAGUGCAGGAUCGAGCAUUGCACCUCCAUUUCCUGUCCCAAUCCGACUCAGCUCGCGCAAGAUCCCACUCACUGGCAGUGAUGGCCCUCCAAGUCCUACUCGCUCUACUGGAAGACAAUUUUCGGAUCGCGGGGCUCGCACAAAUAUUGCACGACGGCCGACUCUACGCCGAGUCCGAUCUGCGGCUGCCAUGUCAAACUCCGAUCUCCCUGAACGCCCAGAAACACUUUCAUCUCCGACCAGAUCCGCUUCUCCCUUCGCACCCGAUAGCCCUUCAUUCCGCCCGCCACCAAUGCCUUUUGAUGAUAUUACCGCUCCGCGGGAACGACGAACCACUCAGAAACGGGCCCCUCACCAUCCGUCGGUGCCGUCCAUGAAUUGGGACCACGAGCGUCAAGACUCGACCGGAGGUGUACAGCCCACGAGCGUUGUUGACGCAAUCGCACAAACCAUGGUAGGCGAGUGGAUGUUCAAAUAUGUACGUCGCCGUAAGUCCUUCGGGAUGGGUGAGUCGAAAGAUAACUGGGAGGGACGGAAUCCCGAUGAGGUAUCCGCCAAUAUCACCAACAGCGGUGUCCGACAUAAGAGAUGGGUUUGGCUUGCCCCAUACGAAGGUUCCAUCAUGUGGAGUAGCAAGCAACCCACAAGCGGGCCGGCUUUGCUGGGUAAGAGUGGGCGGAAGUUUGCUAUUCAGUCCGUACUGGAUGUAAAAGAUGACAACCCCCUACCCAAGGGUGCAGGCACCUCUCCGCCCUUCAGCCGCUCCAUUCUUGUCCUCACACCGCAACGAGCACUCAAAUUUACCGCACUUACCAUAGAACGCCACUACGUCUGGUUAACGGCCUUGUCCUUCCUCAGUCACUCUUCAAUGGGACUUCACGAUCUCGCAGCGCUACCUCCUGCUCCACAAGAAGAAGAUCCCUCUCCUCCACCCCAGGCUGCCUUGCGCCGCAACCCCAUCCGUGACUCCAUACGGGUGGCCAAGGGCAAACCUCGACCCAUGCCUAAAGGUAAACGCUCGUUCCCCAGUGGACCGCCUGUCCCUGAAAUUCCACCAGCCGGUCUCGGCCUCGAGAACCUCAACAUGGCAGCAGAUGCCCCGCACGUUCCUCGCUUCUCCCACCAUAAUCAUCAUACACGCAAACGCAGCAAUACCGCCCCACGUCCCCCGGCAUUGCAUGCCAUCCGUAGCUUCUCCAGCCAGGGAACCAUGGCCACCAUGCCCUCCUCGCAUAGUGGUACGACUGUCGGCUCCUCAGAGCCAUACUUCUCGCCAGUUCCCCCGCCCCCUCUCCCCGCCGGCAUUGGCAGUGGCCGUAGCAGCAUCAGUCGCAUGUCCGAAGCCAGUGGCCGGACAUCCAACACCGCUGCAAGCAAUAUGUUUGACAUCGGCACUGUGCGCAUGGAGGCCUUCAUCGACCACCAUGCGGAGCAGAUCAAUCGGCCUCGACCGGCGCCGUCCAUCCGCCCGCGACACGUUCGCAAGACUUCCAGUCAGUGGAGUCAGAGCCAAGGCCGUUACGAGCAUGAUGCGCCCUCCUUUGACGACAGCGAACAUUCCUUCCGGCCUGAUGACCCAUUUCGCGGCUUUUGA